AUCUCCAUCAGUCAGAGUCGGAAAAGAGUUACGAAGAAGAGAGAUUCUGCUUCUGUCUGUUCUUUCCAUAGGUUCGUUCAAAUUUCUUUCACAUUUACAUCAAGUUUCAUAGUUUUUGUAUUCCGACAUUGGAUCAGCUAUUAGGCAAUUUUUAAACACUUCGUUAAUUUUUUUGAUUACAACAAAGUACGCAUUUGUUAUAGCAACAACUCAAACUUGUUGGUGCAAGGAAGAAUCGUUUCAUUACAAUGGCUUUACCUGUGGAAAAUACGAAAAUCUUAGAGUUUUUAGAACUAGUUGGCCGUCUAAAACAUGUCAAAAGAACUGGAUGGGUGAUCUGUGAUAUAAAUGAAUGUGAAUCAAUUGCUGGACACAUGUACAGAAUGGGAAUGAUGACAUUCUUGUUAACAGACCAAAAUAACACCACAAACUUGGACCGCUUCAAGUGCCUCCAAAUAGCACUAGUCCAUGAUUUAGCUGAGUGCAUUGUUGGUGACAUAACACCACAUUGUGGUGUAUCACCUGAGGAGAAACACCGGCAAGAAGAUGAGGCCAUGAAGAAAAUUGCAGAACUUACAGGAAUGGCUGGCGACAGAAUGUAUGAACUAUAUAAGGAGUAUGAAUUUCAAAGUUCACCUGAAGCACAAUUCGCCAAAGACUUAGAUCGUUACGACAUGAUACUGCAAGCCUUUGAAUAUGAAAAACGUGAGAAGGCGCCAAGAAAGUUGCAAGAAUUCUUUACAGCGACAGAAGGCAAAUUUAAGCAUCCAUUCAUCCAAGGCUUAGUUAAGGAACUCUAUAAGCAAAGGGAAGAGUUUGAAAGCAAAGUAAUGGUUAAUGGUAACGCAUAACUUAUGUGAUAUACGAAAAUGUCAUUCUGUUCAAAUAACAUAAGAUUUCUGAUGCUAGUGUAGGUCUUCGAUUUUUUUUUCAAGCUAAGAAUAGGCUACAAUUUUGUUUUUGCUCCAUCACUCACGUAGUGUCUUACAAUAAAUGUUAGUUUUUUUUAAACAACUUGAUGUCAUGACUACAUUUAUAACAUUUUAUUUUUUAAGGUUCCCCAAAUUUAACAAUAGCACCCCAGUAUUGAUAUUAUUUAGCAAUCUCAAGUUUUAACUUUUGAAGUAAUGUGUACUGUUUCGUGGAUUUAAUUCACUCAUGAUAAGUGGGAAGAAUUUGUUUGCCAAAGCCCAACCCUACCAGUAUUUUUGUAUGAAACUGAAGUGUUUUGCGACAUAUAUUUAUAUGUAAUAUACUGAUAGAUAGGUUGCAAGUAGUGAUUAAAGUGAAUUUUAAACUUAAAUACAGGUAGUAAACGCGCACGUAACGUACCUUUAUUCUGUCUCGGAUGUUUCGAAUCAUAUUACAAUGGUCGGAAAGGUUCUAGCCGUCGCGUGGUUCAGUUAAUUUUAAAGUGAUGUUUGAUUCAUUAUUCAAAUGUCAUCCCAGUAGUUGUUGAAACUUUUUACAAAUAAAACUGGUUUAUUGAUUAACUUUGUAUCUAUGAUAUAUGUAGAUACAAUAAAUUUUAAUCGUCAGGGAGAAGGGAGUACCAUACAAUUCUGACGUCGUAUUAUAUCGGCCAAAACUUAGUAGAUAUGUUACGUUUAUUAAAAAUAAUUUAGGUAUUGUUUUAUUUGCAUUACUUUUAAAAUUCUAUUUUUCUAUUAUUCUCAAAUGUGAAAAUAUAGUUUUAAUUACCGUUGUUUAAAAUAUGUUUUUUUUUUAGCGUAGAACUUAUUACGUAGAAGAAAAAUUAUUUGCUAGCGUGGCUGGCUAAGAAUAUUAAUUUAAUUAUUAAAAAUGCAAUAUUUAUUGCUAGCUUGGCUGGCUCAUUAUUAAUUUUUUAAUAGUAAUUAUUAAAAAUAUAUCCCCAUGACACAAUAAUUUAUUUACUUCUCAUUUUAUUAAAUUUUUUUACUUUCUACUUAGCCGUGUAUGAUAGAUAAAAUGAUUUUAAAUCAUAGGCGUGUUUGAAAAAACAUGCGGUUUCACAAUAAUGUGGUUAAAAAACUUUAUUUAUCAAAGAAAUUUACAUUUUACUUACAGAGAAAACAUUUAUAAUAAAUAUGUACAUUUGUUGGUGUGAGCAUUCAAAUACAUAUUUUUAAUAAAAAUUAAAAUUAGUCGGUAGUUGCGCAUAUAGCCGCUCGCUGCCAACUUACUUAACACAUAAACAUCUUGGUUAUAUCACAAUAGUAUUAGAACUAGACAUACAUCAACACGUCAUCUAUCAUUAAAAUCCUUUAUAUUCGAGUGCUGAUAAAUGCCUAAAUAAUUAAAAGAUAAAAGUACGGUUGUUUAGAUGAUAUUUAUGUUCUUGUUAAAUAAAUUACUUAUGUAAGGUAAAAAAUACAUAAUGAUCAAAGAGUAAUAACUUUCCAGUGCAAAUUGUUUAUAAGGAAAAAUAAAUCUUACCUAUUCCCGUAUUGCGUAGAUAAUUUACUCUUUGAACAAUUUGUGAGUAUAAUUUAUGUACUGAAUGUAUUCUCUUCAUAAAUAAGUACCGAAAUAAUUUUAUGCCUAUUGAACAUGAUUCAAAUUGAACAUACUUCUAAAACUUUUAAAAUAAAUAUU